UUGGCUGCGCUGCUCCUCCCUGGACCUGCAGCCCCUGGGUCGCCGGACUAGGUGGAUCUCGACUUUUCUCUGCCCUCCAGCGGCAUUGUGAGAAUGGCUGUGCUUAAUCAGAUGUCCGUCUUGGAUCUGAUUAAAGCAUUUAGAAGGAAUUGGCGUGCUCAUUGUAGCUCUGAAAGGACGACACUAUGUGGCCCAGACUCCAUGCUCUUGGCACUGCAGCUCUCCAUGGCAGAAAACAACAAACAGCAUCACGGAGAAUUCACCGUCUGUCUCAGCGAUGUCUUACUGACCUGGAAAUACUUCUUACACGAGAAACUGAACUUGCCCAUUGGAAAUAUGAAAGUGGUCGACCACUAUGAAGACAUUAGGAAAACAUACGAUGAUUUCUUGAAGAAUAGCAAUACACUAGAUCUGAUUGAUGUUUAUAAAAAAUGUAGCAUCUUGACUUCUAAUUGUGAGAAAAACAUGAUAUCCUCUAUUCAACUACGGGACUUUCUGUCUGGCACAGAGUGUGCAGUAAAUGACGAAAAUAAUCCUCAUAGCCCAGCGUCACCAGUGAAAUGCAGCCAGAAUGACAAACAGGUGCGGCUGUUGGCAAAGAAAAUUUUCCUUUCGUAUUUGAGCCUCUUAGUGAAUUCAAAGAAUGACCUGGCUCUGGCUCAAAUUCUCAACACCCCUGACCGAGGACUGGGAAGGGAGGCCUUCACCGACUUGAAGCAUGCUGCCCGAGAGAAACAGUUGUCUAUGUUUCUGAUGGCCACAUCAUUUAUUAGGACAUUAGAACUCGGAGGGAAAGGAUAUGCACCCCCACCAUCAGAUCCUCUGUGGGCACAUGUAAAAGGGCUGUCUGCUUUUGUUAAUUUCAUUGACAAGCUAGAUGAAAUUCUUGGAGAGGUACCAAAUCCAAGCCUUGCGGGCGGUCGGAUAUUAUCGGCGAUAAGGACACAACUGAUCAAAGGCCACAGCAGCGGGGAGCCUUUUUAUAAAGCAGUAGAGGAAGUUGUUCAGGAUUUGAAUUUGAGGAUUAAAAAUAUUAUUAAUUCUCAAGAAGGUGUAGCUGUCAGCGCCACCAACAUCAGUCCUGUCCCGCCAAAAUCUUUUGCCAUAAACCAUGAUACCGCAUACUGUGGAAGAGAUGCUGUGAAAAUUUUACUGGUUCUUUUGGAUGAAGACGCAGCCAGUGCUCCUACCAGAAAUAAAGCAGAGCUUCUGUACAAUGACCAAAGUACAGUUCCUCACGGUGGAGCGUCUGUCCUUACACUCUUUAGGUCUCCCACACAAGUGAAAAGUACACCAGUUAAACCUCUCAGAGAGCGAAUCCACACGUCACUGCAAGCAGAGAAAAAUAAGAUGAGGCAGACAUUAAUUAGAUCACAGUUUGCUUGUACUUAUAAAGAUGACUGCAUAAUGAGCAAGAGUAAAUGGAAUGUUAAUUCCUCAUCAAAGCCGCUGUCUGCUCUUCGCUUGGAGAACGAUGUCUCUGAGGGAGCACAGCCAUCUGUUGGGAAAGCCGGACUUGAAACGAGUUCUGAAAAUGUGCAUGUGGACAGAAGUAAGGAUGACAAAGGACCGAGGAAGUCUACUAAACGGAAGCUAUCGAAGAGCAAGCAGCUGGGUGUUGACAGGGAGGAUAUUCACUGCGAUCAGGGAGAUGAGCUGUACCAACCCAAGAAUGUUAAGAUCCUUAAAGCACCCAGUGACUCUCACAGGAAAGCUGGUGGCAAACUAGCCCCAGGAGCAAGGGGCAACAGGUGCACUGCCAAGGACAAGCUGAUCCCUGGCCAGACCAAACUGACACGGUUUUUUAUGCUAUAAUUUUUCCUCUCCGUGCUUUAGAUUUAGGUAUACAAGACCAUUCUCCAAAGCCGUGAGCUAAUGUUUGAAAUCUGAAGACGUAGUUUUUUGUUUCUUAUGAAUGCUUUCACCUUUGUUUCUCAAUAUAUCUGUGGUGCGCACAGUUCACAGGUAACAUUGUUUAGUGACUUAGGUGGGUUUUACACAUAGACCUGGGUGGAAUGAAGGAUCUUUAUUUAGCUCAGCUUCCAACAAACCAGAGAAGGUGCCCAGAGGGUGCUCACCCACACUUUCAAUGCCCUCUAUUCCUCUGGGAGGGCAAUGACUCCUUAAAAUGUAAGGAGAGAGAAUCUCUUUUUGAGAUCCAGUUGGUUAUUUAUCAUGGUCAAUUGUAGAUGGCUCUCCCUCCUUUCUUGAAUCAGCUUCUGGAUACUGGGAUUAA